UGUGAUAUCACAGAUUAAAUCUGUUAUUAAAAAAUACAAAGCUGAAAUUAAUCGUCAAAACCAAAAUGGUAAAACAGCUUUGCAUUGGGCUGCAAAAAUCGGUUAUAUAUUUAUUGUUGAAAUUUUGACGAAAAACAAAGCUCAGGUUGAUAUUGGUGAUAAUAAUGGUGAUACGCCAUUAUUUUAUGCAGUAAAAGCAGGUCAUAAAAAGAUUAUUAAUAUUUUGAUAGAUCAUCAAGCUAAUGUUAAUCAUAUUAAUAAUAACGGUGAAAUAGCUUUACACAAAGCUGCAUAUCAUGGUCAUGAAGAAAUUGCUUUUAGUAAAAAGGGCUGGACAAGUUUACACUUUGCUGCUGCUGAAGGACAUGUAAAGGUGAUUGAAAUUUUGCUAGAACAUAAUAGUAAUAUUAAUACUACUAGUGAAUAUAGCAAAACAGCAUUAUUUUGUGCUGCAGAAAAUAAGCACACAGAAACAAAUAUGAAAAUGUUGUUAUUAGAAAAAACUUAUGACAUAAAAUUACAUUAUACUGCACAAAAAGAAGAUAUUGAAGCUGUUAAAUUUUUAUUAAAAGUUGGAGCAACCCAUUUUAUUACUGACAAAAAUGGCAGAACACCAUUACAUUGGGCUGCAUUUGAAGGUUAUGAAGAAAUGGUAAAGAAUUUAGUAGAAAAAAACAUUAAUUUAGUUGAAAUUACAGAUAAAAAUAAAGAGACAGCAUUUUAUGAAGCAGUAUGGAAUGGACAUAUAAAGAUAGUAGAAUUUUUAUAUAAGCAAGGCGCAAAAGUCAAUUGUGAAAAUAUAAAUGGCUGGAAACCAUUACAUAUAGCUGCAAUUUCUUGCCAAGUUGAGGUUUUUAAGUUUUUAAAAAAUAAAGUAGAUUUUCAAUUGAGCAAAUUUUUUGAAAAGUUAGAUAUUUUUCAAUUAAAUAAUUAUUCCAAAUUUGAAGAAUUUUAUAAUCACUAUUGUAAUUUUACAAAAGAGCUAAUUGGGAGAUUCAAAAAUUUUGAAAAACAAUUUAACCUAAAAGACAACCAUGAUGUUGCUCUUUAUUUUUACCAGCUUUUUUUAAAACUUAUCGAAGAAUAUGUAGUAAAAUUUAGUGACAAGCAAGAUAAGAAAGUGCUUAGCUAUCUGUAUACAUGUGCUCUUAGCAAGAUUUUCAAUCUCAAAUCCGAAUCAAAAUCUGAUUUAAUAAUUGAUAUAAAUGGAUAUUUUGAAAAGGUUCAAAAUGAUAUUAAAUUAUUCAAAGAAACAAGAGAAUUAAUCAAAAAGGUUAAAGAAAAUAAACAAACAUUAGAAGAAAAGCAAAGCAAGUUAAAGAAAAAAUUGGUAUUAAGACAAACCUUAGAAAUUUUAAAAAUUGUAGGCCAAACAAUAAGUGUUGUUGGUGGUCCUAUUGGAAUUGCUGGUGACGUAAUAAAAGGAGGAAUUAAUAUAGCGGAAGCAUUUAUUUCAGAAGAUAAUAAAAGUGAAUCAAAUUUUGAUAUUUCUCCAGAUAUAAAAGAUUCCUUAAAAAAUAUGGAAGAAAUAGUUAAAUCUGAAGAAAAUGAGAUAAAUUUUGCAGAACAACAAUUAAAAAAACUAUCUUACGAAUACAAAAUUAGAAGAGUUAAAAAAAAGAAUGAAAACGCUACUACUGAUCAAAAAACAAAUGUAGAAUUAAGGGUAAUACAGGACCUUAAUAUUGCAAUUGAAACUACUGAAAGAGUGAUGAAUUUAUAUGACAAAUAUCAAAAAGAUAAAGAAAAACUUGAUGCAUUAAGUAAUUCGAUAAAGCAAGCAGAUGAAGAUAUUAAAAAAUUAAAGCAGUAUGAAGAAAAUAUUAAUAAAGCUAUUGUUUUUAUGAUUAAUAAAAUGCAAGAUGAUAUCAAUAAUAUAGAAAAUAAAAUCAAUAACAAAUCUCAUUUGGAUGAAGGAAUAACUACUCUUAUUAAUAUAUAUGGCCAUAUACAAGACUAUUAUGAUCAAGCAAAUCUUGCUAGUUAUAUUGCGCAUAUUAAUUUUGCAACUAAUGAAGAAGAUACUGCUAUCAAAUUAGAAAAAGAGAUAAGAGCCAAUAUUCUAAUAGGGUAUUUUAAAAGAGCUAAAAGUGUAUUCAAGCAAUGGGCAUUUCCAUUAGCACAUAUAAAAAUAUUGUAUUCAGAAAUUCAAGAGCGCAAAGUAGCUAUUAAUAAAGAAGAUGCAGAUUUUGUAACGACUGAAUUUAGGCGUGAAUAUGGAUACCCAAACCCAUUUUUUGUAUGGGAAAACAAAAUAUAUAGUCAAGAAAUAUCUAAGUUGCUAAGUGGAGAAGAAAUUACUAUAAAGGCAAAAAUAACAAAAAGUGAUCAUGAUGAUAAAAAUGCAAUCAAGUUUAAUGAGAUAGGUAUCAAGUUUAAAUCAAUGAAUGAAACAAUACAAAAUGAAAUUGACCAUGAGCUUAAACAAUUUUGUGUUAAUAUG